GUACUGGGGUUCGCUGAGGGGUCUUCCCGAGCUGAGGCAAGUUGUGCCGCCAGCGCUGUGCCUGCGGGCGGCGGCAGGUGAGCGGAGCGGGGCGCAGAUGCUGGAAUGUUUACUCAGCACCAUGCAUCCCUUGCAGCGUGUCCUCCCUGUGCAGAAGUCUCUGAGGUGGAGCCCCGUAGCCUCUCUGUCCUGGCUGCUGCUUAGGACUUUGCGGACACAUAGCAGUGGAUCCAGCUCCACAUCUCCCAGUCUGGAGAAGCAGCAGGAGGAUGGAGUUCAGAAGGAUUUCAGUUCCAGGCUGGCCACCGGACCGAGUUUUCAGCAUUUUCUAAGUUCUUCAGCUCCUCAAGAAAAGGUGUCCUCUCCACACGAGGAGGAUCCACCUCCCUAUGUCACGGUGGAUGAACUUUUAGGAAGGCAGAGAAAAGUCUACCUUGAGACCUAUGGCUGCCAGAUGAAUGUGAAUGACACAGAGAUAGCCUGGUCCAUCUUGCAGAAGAAUGGCUACCUGCGGACCAGUGACCUCAAAGAGGCUGAUGUGAUCCUCCUUGUCACAUGUUCUAUCAGGGAGAAGGCUGAACAGACCAUCUGGAAUCGUUUGCAUCAGCUUAAAGCCCUGAAGACGAAUAGGCUCCGUUCCCGUGUGCCUCUGAAGAUUGGGAUUCUAGGCUGCAUGGCUGAGAGGCUGAAGGAGGAAAUACUCAACAGGGAGAAAAUGGUGGAUAUUCUGGCUGGUCCAGACGCCUAUCGGGACCUUCCUCGGCUGCUGGCUGUCGCCGAGUCAGGCCAACAAGCUGCCAACGUGCUGCUCUCUCUGGAUGAGACCUAUGCCGAUAUCAUGCCCGUCCAGACAAGCCCCAGUGCUACUUCUGCCUUCGUGUCUAUCAUGAGAGGCUGUGACAACAUGUGUAGCUACUGCAUUGUUCCUUUCACUCGUGGCCGGGAGAGGAGCCGGCCUGUUGCCUCCAUUCUAAAGGAAGUGAGAAAGCUUUCUGAGCAGGGACUAAAAGAAGUAACACUCCUUGGUCAGAAUGUUAACAGUUUUCGGGAUGAUUCAGAAGUCCAGUUCAACAAUGCAGUAUCCACCAAUCUUAGCCGUGGCUUCUCUGCCAACUAUAAAAACAAACAAGGGGGCCUUCGUUUUGCUCACCUUCUGGAUCAGGUCUCUAGAGUAGAUCCUGAAAUGAGGAUCCGUUUCACCUCUCCCCACCCCAAGGAUUUUCCCGAUGAGGUUCUGCAGCUGAUUCAUGAGAGAGACAACAUCUGUAAACAGAUCCACCUGCCAGCCCAGAGUGGAAGCAGCCGUGUGUUGGAGGCAAUGCGGAGGGGGUAUUCUAGAGAAGCUUAUGUGGAUUUAAUUCAUCAUAUCAGAGAGUCUAUUCCAGGUGUGAGUCUCAGCAGUGAUUUCAUUGCUGGCUUUUGUGGUGAGACAGAGGAAGACCACCUCCAGACGGUGUCUUUGCUUCGAGAAAUUCAUUACAACACUGGUUUCCUCUUUGCCUACAGCAUGAGACAGAAAACACGGGCUUAUCACAGACUGAAAGAUGAUGUCCCAGAAGAGGUUAAGCUAAGGCGUUUGGAGGAACUCAUCACUGUCUUCCGAGAAGAAGCAACAAAAGCCAACAAAUCUUUUGUGGGUUGUACCCAGCUGGUGCUGGUGGAAGGGGUCAGUAGACGCUCUGCCACUGACCUGUGUGGCCGGAAUGACGGAAACCUCAAGGUGAUCUUCCCUGAUGUGGAUAUGGAGGAUGUCACUAACUCUGGGCUCAGGGUCAGAGCUCAGCCUGGGGACUAUGUCCUGGUGAAGAUCACCUCUGCCAGCUCUCAGACACUAAAAGGGCAUGUUCUCUGCAAGACCACUUUGAAGAACUCUCUAGCAUAUUGCUGACCAGAGAGGACGGCCGCAGGGUUGACAUGCAGUACUUCCAACAGGAAGUGAGAUGACUGGUUCCUAGCGAAAGGGGACGUGAAGCUUCGGAGACGAGCUGCCAACCCGCAGCCCUUCGCUGCUACCCCAACAGCUUCAACAGUCAUUAAAUUUAUCUGCACAAA